AUGGACAUGAAAUCCGCGCCUUUACCGCCUCGCCAGGCACCUCAUCGAUAUGCUCGUUGGGGAUUGCCCCUGGCUGCUGCGGUGCUGGUAUUUUUAGUCUGGCCUGUGCCAUUACCCGCCUGGAAGGUGAGGGAGCCUUUGGACAUUCCAGUCACCUGGGACGAAAUCGUUCCUUCGCAGUCGCUGGAGUACCACAAUUGCGGCGAUGAGUUCCAAUGCGCGAGACUGGAAGUGCCGAUGGACUACAAACGGACAGAUGGAAAAGGUCGCACAUUUGCCCUGGCUCUUGUCCGACUGCCGGCCAAAGUCCCAGUCACAGAUCCGCGCUAUGGAGGCGCGGUUCUGAUCAAUCCUGGUGGACCUGGUGGACCGGGAACAAUGCAAGCGUUCGUGGCGGGUCGAAAUCUCCAGCUGAUCAUUGAUGCGGAGUCCGACCCAAAAGAAACGGGAGAAGAGACUAGCCACAAAUAUUUUGAUAUUAUCGGAUUUGAUCCUCGUGGAGUAGGAUCCACAACACCUCCAGUGAUGUGUUUCCCUGAUCCCGUAUCCCAAAGGAAUUGGGAGUUGCAGGUCUCCACGGAAGGCAUGCUGGGAAGUGGACCAGAUUCCUUGCGGAGAAACUGGCAGCGGACUCAAGCGCUGAACUCGGGUUGCUCGGUAUUUGAUAUGUCGAGCCUAGGAGCAGAUGAACCAAUGAUGUCUCAUGUCAAUACACCACUCGUCGCGCAGGACAUGUUGACCAUCAUUGAACGCCAUGGAGAAUGGCGUGAGAAGGAAGGCCAACGAGCCCAGACAGCACAUAACAAGUGCCAUGGACUGGAUAAAGGAAACGCAAUCUUGAAACGCACUAAAUGGCACCGUGGAGAAGAGCCACUUCUCUAUUGGGGUCGCUCAUACGGUACCGUGCUGGGUACCACAUUUGCCUCGCUCUUUCCGAAGCGAGUCACACGAGCUGUCCUCGAUGGUGUAGUCGACAUGGUUAAGUACUACCAAGGAACAGGACCGAGCGUUAUUGUUGAUGCAGAUGCCAUCUUUGAUCGGUUUGCCCAGUACUGUGAUGAGGCUGGACCUGUGGGAUGUCCCUUCUAUAUGGAGGGUGGUCCAGACGCGAUCAGGGCAGCGUACUGGCAACUUGAGCAGCAGAUUCUCAACACUUCAAUUCCUGUCAAGGCAUCUGCGGAACGGGGUCCAGAAGUUGUAACUUGGACGGACAUCAAAGCGAUUCAGCGUGUUGCCAUCUACCAGCCACUCCUUGCAUUCCCCGUUCUAGCAGAGAGAAUGACCGAGUUGGGUAAGGGGAAUGCAGUCCCCAUGGCUGACUUUAAGCAUGGUAGCCACUUCGGCGCAUGUCCGUCCAACAAAUGCAAUCUUGCUGGACCUUGGUCACCAGAAUGUGCUACAUCAAAAGAUAACUUCCUCUAUGCAAUGGCUGCUAUUAUGUGCUCGGAUGCCGAAUAUCUGACAACUUUAGAUAUUGAGCAGUUCCGGGCAGAAUGGUCUAGCCUUCUGGCUGACAGUGCAUCUCUGGGUGACUAUUGGGCGCAAUUACAAUUGAGCUGUGUUGGAUGGAAAGCUAAGGCUAAGUACCCUUUCGCAGGGCCUUGGGGCACUGCUACUGCUCAUCCCAUGCUAUUCGUAUCAAACACUCUGGAUCCAGUGACUCCUCUCCAUAAUGCCCAACACAUGUCCCAGAUUUUCCCGGGAUCUGGGUUACUCCAGCAAGAAUCAGAAGGACACACAACACUCGCAGCCCCAUCCAUCUGCGUGGCGAAGGCUAUUCGCCAUUACUUCCAAACUGGCAAACUACCAGUGGUAGGAACUCUCUGUCAAGCUGAUUUGAAGCCAUUGGUUGGAUCUCCGCAUCAUCACGCGGCGAUCAGCCAAAGCUUCAGCCCAGCCGACCGUAAACUGUUCGAGGCAUUGAUGGCGGAGGUUCAGCGGGCGCCCGUGUUUCCGCUAUAA